CAGGAACGUAAAUCCGAAAGAAGAAUGAGGUCACUGAGCACUCUUUAUUCAGUGCACGGACCAUAUUUAACUGCUAGAAUAUUUCGACUCCGCACUGGGGUCACGUCUAUACACCAAUAUUGUCCAACGCACAGUUCCAUUUGCGAUUGCUAACGCCAGUGGCAAAGUCAAACCAGCAAUAUCACCCAGUUAUCUAUAUGUGAUUCCUGCGCUGUGAUCGAAUUUACUCACUCCCGCAGGCUCCUAUGAGAGCUACAAGGAAGCUGGCGCCAUGACUUCAACAAGCACUACCCCGCGAUUCUCCAUCUUGAUAAUUAACCCGAAUACCUCGAGGCAUAUGACCGAUGCACUGAAACCCAUCGUCAACAACCUGAAUUACUCUGAUGUCCAUUUCGAUUAUUUCACCGCCCCCGCAUUGACGUCAGUAACAAUCGAGGAAACCGGGCGCGUCGUCCCCGGCGUACCAAGCAUAAACUCCGGUGAGGACUCCGCAAACUCAGCACUGCAUUGCAGACCCUUCCUCGAGCCUCUAAUACCAAAACAUGACGCGUUCUUGGUCGCCUGCUACUCCGCGCAUCCUCUCGUGGCGAUGCUGAAAGAAGAUAUAAAGAAACUGGAGGAAAGAGAAGGGUCAACAUCGAACAGCAGCAGCAGAAGGAGGAAAUACGUGACUGGCAUAUUCGAGGCAAGCGUCUCAGUGUCCCUGUCGCUGAUCAGUUCUUUUCAGCUCCUAGGGACAGACGACCUCAGAAAAGUCCAGGCAGACGAGACGUUCGGUAUCGUUUCGACUGGCAGCAUAUGGAAGGCGGAACUAAGCAAAGCCGUGGCUGAAAUGCUUGCAGGGCCAGGAGGCAGUAUUCCUGGAACCAUUGCGCGAUUCGCUGGCGCUGAAACAACUGGCUUGACAGCGGUUCAACUGCACGACACCCCGCCGGAUGAGGUGAGAAAGAGAAUAAGCGAUGCGACGGAGAGGCUUAUUAAGAACACUUCUUCCCCGGUAACUGUCAUUUGUUUAGGAUGUGCAGGAAUGGCAGGCAUGGAAGAAGCGGUCCGGGCAGGCUGCAUAAGGGCUUACGGCGGAGAGGCUGGGGAAAGAGUGCGUAUUGUUGAUGGCGUAGUCGCAGGUGUUGGAUUGCUUGUCAAUGCCUGCAAAGCACGAUUCUGAGCCGGGAGGAAAGGAGGUAAGUUUAAACGUUGCUUGAGCUGUACUUCUGAGAUGAUGGGAGCUCGUUGGGUUGCAUCUGAACUUGAAUCUAGUAACUAGCACGAAUGGUCCUUCAAUAAUAAGAUAGGAAUAAUUCUGAAAAAUAAAGAAAAAGUUAAAAUAACCAAGUCCCUAAAGAACAGUUCUAGUAUGCAAUUAUCAUUGGCGAAUAAAUAGAAAAUCGCUUUUAAUCAACUUAUGGCGGGUCUUGUGUUAGGCAAGCAAGGAGCGCCAGAUACCCGUUUGCUAGAUACCCCACAAAGCCACCGCCCACAGUGGUUAAAUCGACAUCUCCGGAGCUG